AUGGUAUUCAUAAAAACAACGGAACCAAAUUUUGUGGCGGAGAAUGCUGAUUUAGUUGAUAUACCAGUUCCUACUGAUCCUUCUAUAAAUGUGAUACGGCCACUGCAUCCCAUAAUUCGAUACCAGAUUGACGAUAACAAAGUGCCCGGUAAGACAUGCUUGGUGAUACUGAAUCAGAAAAUAAACCUCUUCCCGAGGGUGUUUGAAAAACUUUGGGAUAACACAUAUUUACGGGUAUGUGCAGACGGUGGGGCCAACCAAUUGCUGUCAUUUGUGCGAGAGAAUGGUUUAGAUGAGCAAAAGUAUCUUCCAAAGUAUAUUGUUGGAGACAUGGACUCCCUAACAGAAGAGACCAAAAAUUACUAUCUAAGUACCGGAAAAGUGAUUGUGAAAACUCAAUCAAGUCAAUAUGCUACAGAUUUUGAUAAAGCCAUCACGGUGUGCUUUCUUCACUUCAACUAUCCAAACUUUUUCAAUGAUUUUGAUACCUUGAAUCUUGACGAUAAUAAUGGACUCACAACUUUGAAGAAUUCCUUGGACACCAAAGAAUUUACCGUGCCCUUGGACAUGAUCUUUUUGGGUGCUAUAGGUGGAAGGUUUGACCAGACCAUCCAUUCGAUAGGUGAACUCUACAAACAUGCAUCAGAUAACCUACUCCAAAUGAGGUUUUUCAACACAGAAUACUUAGAGAUUAUCUUUCUUGUACCCAAGGGCACUAAUUUCAUUGUCCUAGAGAAACAGCAUGUGGAUGAUCCUUUAUGUUAUUUGGGGCUGUUGCCCUUGAACAAUCCGUUUAUAAUGCACACCAAAGGUUUGAAAUACGAUGUUGCCAACUAUGCAAGUUCAAUGACUGGUAACAUAAGCUCCAGCAACUACAACGUUGGAAGCAAUGGUUUCUACGUCCAAAACACCGAUCAUUUGGUGGUUAAUAUAGAUUUGAAUCAUAUUCUAGGCGAGGUAUGA